GAAAAGCAAAUAGGCAGCCGCGCAUUUGUUUCGCUCGAUCAUCGCCGCGAGUCGUCCAUUGUACAUAACCGUACACGGUGUUGUAGUGGUUUUUCUUGUUUUGUUGCCUAUUUCGGGGAGAAACGCGCACCAGGCGUGCGAGUGAGUAAUCGAAAAAUAAAAGUGAAUCUUAUCCGCGAGUCGUUCAGGUGAGGAGGAGAAGAGGCACCGUCAUCUUCAUCACGAAAAAGUUCAAUCAAGGCGCGCAAGGGUGUGGCCCGGCGAGCCGGAAGUCGGAAAUAGAGGCAGAGAAAAAGGCGAUUCGCAUAAUUGAUUCAGUGUAUAAACCGUGCGAAAAUCGUGGUUUCAAUUUCUUUGUGAGUGUGGUCGGGUGAAGGAAGAAAAUUCGGAUCGUUAACCUUGCCGGAAUUUGGCGGUGGGAAAACAAAAGUGAGUGGCAGAGGGAGGAGCAGCCGAAACACGGACAACGACGACGGAUAAGGAGAGCUUUCUGCAUCGUUAUCUUUGAGCGAGUUUACUGAGGUUCGUCAACUGCAUGUUUCACUUAAUAGCAAAUAGUGACGAGUCUCAGGUGACGAGUUGCAUUGAUUUUUAAAGGAUUCGUAACCAGGGUGGAGGAAACGACCUCGAUUAGCACCGUUGAACUCACCGACCCCGUUAACUUUCGAAACGCGAACGACCUCCCGGCGGCCAUAGUUAGGCGAGGUUCAACAAACACAACACAGAGGCAGGCACAGUGCGCGUAACCUCUUACCUUGGAUUCCGCCAAGGUCGAUCCUAUAUGCUCGGGAGUAAUGCGAGAAAUGGACCGACUACCGGACGAAUGCAGUAGGAAGCUGGGGCACAACGGGCUGCUGGUGGACUGUUGUCAACAAACGACUACGCAAACGAAGGUGAAGAUUCUCCGAAGGGAUGCGUCGUGGCGUUCGGCGGGGCUUCUGCUUCUGGCCGGGAUCGUUUGUGCGCAGAUCUUCGCCAGCAGUGGCACACCCCUUGUAGAUGAUAGCGGUAGUAGCAGCAGCAGUAGUAGCAGUAGUGAAAUCCUAGAAUUAACAGCAUGUCAGCAUCUGCGCCGGGCGGAAUCGCGCCGCGCCAAGUCGCUGGGCGACAGUUUGCUGCACUCGGUGCGGAUACCGCGCUGCACCGCACUGGGCGACUUCGAACCGGUCCAGUGCUCGAACGAGCUGAACGGCACCGAGUGCUGGUGCGUGGAUGAGUACGGAGUUGAGCUCGCCGGUAGCCGGCGAACCAACGGAAACGAGGUGAACUGCACCUCGAUCGAAACCAGCUGCCAGGCAUCGAGCUGUCGGAUGUUCUGCCCGGCAGGUUUUGCCCGGGAUUUCAACAGCGGCUGUCCGGUGUGCAAGUGUCGCGAUCCGUGCGAUGGCGUGCAGUGUCCCCGCGGGCAGCAGUGCGAACCGCAGGAGGUCAACUGCAAGAACGAACCCUGCCCACCGGUGCCGACGUGUCGCAAAGCACGCUCCUUAUCGGAUCUCUGUCCGGCCGGUCAACCCCUGGCCAUCAGCGGCACCGCACGACCAUUCCUGUGCGGCAAUGAUCCCGGCAAACCUUCCUGCCCGCCCCUGUACCGUUGUCUGGUCCAAUCUGGCAACGACUACGGAGUGUGCUGUCCGGCAUCGCUCCAGUUCGAGAAGCCCGGUACCUGCCCGAAACCCGAGGAGAUCAUGUCCACCGACAAUACCGGAUUCCUGUGCGGAACGCCCUGCGGACACGAUCUGGAGUGCCCUCAGAUGCAGAAGUGUUGCACUUCGAACGGUUGUGGACGCAACUGUCAACAGCCGCAUAACGUUACUACGUGCCACCAGGCACGAAUGCUCUCGGAACUGCUGUCGGUCAACGAAAGGGAAGGACGCGGAUACGUUCCGCAAUGCGACGGCCCCAGCGGAAGCUUCUCGCUUCGGCAGUGCUCUCGUAAUGGUCUGGUAUGUUGGUGCGUCGAUCCCAAGAGCGGCAAUAAGAUCAGGGGAACCAUGGGCGCCGCCCAGAUGGUCAACUGCGAGGGCGUCGAGAACAUGAUCGGCCGCAGCGGUGGCCGAAGCGUCGACGGAACUUCGCAGCAUCUCUGCGAUCACAACAUCUGCGCCGCGGUUUGCGAAUACGGUUUCAAGAACGACCACAAUGGUUGCCCCACGUGCGAGUGUUCCGAGCCCUGCGAAGGCUUCAUCUGCCCAUCCGGUUCCCACUGCGAGGUGGCCAAGGAUCCGAAGUGCGUUUCGUACUCGGGACUGUGCUCCUCGGAACCGGUGUGCAAGCCGGAUUUGGUGUACUCCAACCCGUGCGAGAUGGGAACGCCGCUGGCCGAUAACUCCACCGGCGAGCUGCUGUACUGUCAUCUGAAUCGCCCGAAAAGCCGCGAGUACCAGAGCCGGACGUUCUUCGACGACGCCGAAGAGGAUGCAGACGUGCUCGGCCGCAAGCGGUCCCUCUCGAACACCAUCAACUGUCCGGAGACGCACGAGUGCAUGAAGCUGCACGGCGAGUCCGGAAGCGUUUGCUGCCCGGUGGAAAGCGAAACCGUUCCGACGCCCGAAGGACGUCAACAGUCUAUGUGCGAAUACCUGCGUGACUUUUCGGAUCGCAUGGAGGGAACGGUUGAGGGUAUGGAGCUGGCACUGCCGCCACCGACCUGCUCCAUGGAUGGGGCCUACGAGGCGAUGCAGUGCACCCGGAAGAAGAUUUGGGUCAACCGAACGGAACAACGACGCUACCUGGAGCAGAACAACAUCCGACAAAUGCGGAAACUGCUGGAAGAUGCCAAGCGAGUGAAGAGGGAUGCUAUUCUUUCAACGCAGCAGAACCUGAAGCUGAUCAAGGUGGACGACGCGUAUGGAAGUGCAAGAGCGCAGUCAGCGGAGGAACCGGUGCCGGAAGCGAUCAUGUCGUACUUGCGAGAGCGAAUGCUGGUUUCUGAAGAGGACCUGGGUGUCCAGGGUCGAUCGGCGAAGAUCAUCGACUACAACCGAUUGGAUUCGAAGAACUCAAACGCGAAUGUUGACAAGCCGGAAGUGAAGCCCUCGAGUUUGCUGAAAAAGCAGAUUCCGGUGGAAGACGAUUUGGUAGAAAUUGACGUUGAAGAGUGCUGGUGCGUAGACAACUUCGGUACCGAGAUCCCCAAGACUCGUGGAAUGAACUCUACCAAGAAAUCUUGUGCAGAUCUUCGAGAGUCUCUUGGCUGUCUAGACUUGACCUGCCGAAUGGGAUGCGACUACGGCUUCAUCCUGGACUCGGACACGCAGUGUCCUUCCUGUGAAUGCCGUGACCCAUGCGACAACGUCUCCUGUCCGGAAGGUCAAGAGUGUAGAUCGGUUGAGGUGUCCUGCGAGGGCGAAUACUGUCCACCAGUGCCGGCAUGCUUCCCGAAGAAACCCGGUCAGUGUCCAUUCCUGGUGCCUCCCGGCAGCGAGAACUCCGAAUCCGACUCCUGCGAAUACGAAUGCCGCACGGAUGCUCACUGUGAAGGAUCCAAGCGAUGCUGCUCGAACGGCUGCGGAACUCAGUGCGUCGAACCGCAACUGAAGACCGCCUGUCAGCACCUGCAAACCAUCCAGCUGCACCAGGCCAGCGAACUCGGAGUUCCGCCGAAGCAAAAGUACAUCGCCCAGUGCGACGUUGACGGCAGCUACCGAACGGUCCAGUGCGGCCCUGGAAACGUCUGCUGGUGCGUAGACGAGUACGGCAACGAAAAGAGCGGCACUCGAACGACGAACGCCGAACCCAACUGCGACCCGGUGUAUCCAAAAAGCGAAUGCCCUCUUCGGAAGUGCUCGCCGUGCGAGUACGGCUACAAGAUCGACGCCACCGGCUGCAAGACGUGCGAGUGCCGCAACCCGUGCGACGAGAUCUCCUGCCCGCGGGGCGAGGAGUGCCAACUGAUCCAGGUGGAGUGCAUCUCGGUGCCGUGCCCCAAGAUGCCCAUCUGCGUGCCGAUCCGUGAUUCCGUCUGUCCGGAAGGACUCCCGCUGAAAUCCGGAGGGCGCGAGAUUGUGUGCGGCCCGCAGGCCGACGCCGACACGUGCCCGUCGACGCACGUCUGCCAGCUCAAUAUGAUCAGCAAUCGGGGGUCCUGUUGUGCCAAAACAAGAGACGUUUGCUUUGAAUCGAUCGAAUCGAGCUGCCUCGCGUCGGAGAUGCAUCUCUCGGACAGCAACGACCUGGACAGCCUGACCAAGUGGCGCUUCAGUCCACGGUUGAACAAGUGCGUCCCGGUGAACCUGCCCAAGUCGAGCAACUGCCAGUCGAAGAAUCUGUUCCACAGCGAGCAGGCCUGCAACGGAGUCUGCCCGGUGCUGUCCCAGUGCGAACGGCUCCGGCUGAAGAACGCCAUGGCCGCGAAACGGGCCGGACAGCCGAGCACCUGGUUCCAGCCGCGCUGCGAUCCAGAAACAGGCUUCUGGAGUCCCGUGCAGUGCCUCGGAUCGACGGCUCCCAACAACGGAACGACUACACAGGAAACUCCCAGCCUUGGAGUUUGCUGGUGUGCAGAUAAGAAGGGAGCCCCGGUGAAGGGUUCGUUGACCAAGGGCUCAGAACCCAAGUGCAGCAGCCGGCAGGCCAGAAGGCGACUGUCCAACAGCGGCGAAGAGUCCAGCGAUCCAGUGAUGGAAGAAUUGAUCCGGCAGAUCACCUUCUUGGUCGACGAGAACAACUACAUCGAUGAAGACCUGGAACCGACGGUACCCUCGGCCAGUGCCCCCAACACCUUGGCCAACUUCGCUCCAGAACCCCGCUACAUCGGAUCCAUUUCUGCAGUGACGGAGAAGAUCAUCGAAAUGGCCCGUACGGACGAUGGAAGCAACUUUAUCGAAGACCCGGUGAAGAAGCUCACGGCCUCCACUACUCGGUGUCAGGCCUUGAAGCAGGCAGCUUCUUUCCCGGUAGCGUGCGACGAGAAUGGAGUUUUUGAACCGACCCAGUGCAACGGUGAUACCUGUUGGUGCGUGGACGCAGCCGGCAACCAGCUGCCCCUGUCCAGCACCUUCAAACGAGGCUUCCGGACUUGUCUGUUUACACCGAUCGACGCCGUAGAGAUCGAACUUCACCUGAACAACCCCCAUCAACGAAUCCUGCUCAACCUGUACGAAGUGCUUCGGAAUGAUUUACACGCUCUGAUCGGCGGCAUCUUCGACAACUACCGGGUUCACGAGAACAGCGAUGGCAGCGUGAUGCUCCGGUUCGACCUCAUCGAGGACAACAAGGUGGACGAUGCCUUCGCGAUCGAGGAAAUGGUCCGGGAUCAUGUCUUCGUCAUGUACCAUGGUGCCUUGAUCGCGGACGUCACCCAGUCUCGGUUCUCGCACAAAAUCUCCACCAACCUUCCGGUGCCGCAGCAAUCGUCCGGCAUACCGGAGAACACCUUCCAGACGAUCGUGUUCGUCCUGGCCACGGCUUCGGCCUUCCUCGUGAGCAUCCUGGUGGUGUUCGUGAUGCUCAAGCGGGGCAAGAACAAGAUGAAGCACUACAGCAAUGGCAAUCGCAUGAUGAGCAUCGGUGCCGACAAGUACCUGGACUACAGUUCGCCAAUCUUCGUGCUCAGUGCCAAUGAUACCAAAUCGCUUCCGGACCACCACCGUCGACCUACGACGACGCAGGUCAAACCCCCGACCAACGACCACAGCUCCGAAGGACACUAAGGCACGACCACUCCCUUAUCUAGUAGAGAAAAUCUAUAGUUUUUCGUAAAGAAAAAAAAAACGUGGGCCAAACUCUUCCCUACCUUUUUACGUUAUCCGUUUUGUGUACAUAUGAAAGCCGUACUUUUACCACUAACUCUUGUUUUUUUUUCGAAUGGAAAUAAAAUUGUAAUACGCACCUGUAUUUCUCAAUCGAAGCAAUUCCUAUUUAACUGUUGACUGUUUUUAGCGUGUAGGCGCUCAUCCUAACACUUUCUGCACACAAACAUAACCUCCGAGUAAUUCUAGCUCUGAAAUUAGGUCGCCCGGCGUUCGAAACAAGAAGAGUCUGGGCCCAUAACCUUUCGGAGAGUGGAGCGAAUACAGAUGGCAACCUAGUUCCAGAGUGAGAACUACUCCUUUCUUAUCGUUGUAGAUUUUUAAACCUAUUAGAUACUGCACGCACACACGCACAUACAUUUGAUCAACUAUAUUGUUACAUUUUGGGGUUGUUUUGAUCUAUCCUUCUGUGUCAAACUGUCAGUAGUAGUCAGUAUACUAUGUAGUCAAUAUCCGUGGUGAGGGGUUUUCCUCUUUUCCUGUCCAUUAUCUCUACCGCAAGCAGCGUUUCCCAUUUUUUUCUUUUUUGUUUGAUUCUUUUUAAGUUUUUCACUCUUCAUUUAAGCACCAAUCGCGCAGAGAUAUUUUAUAUUGAACUUUCUUAGAAAAGUCAUUAGUUUCGUUGGAAAGUCAAAUUGUACAUAGCAGUUGAAGAAAAGAGAAUCGAAACGAAGACUUACCAGAACACCGCGGAAGACGAUUGAUUCCACUGCGGAUGGGAACGCUACGCAACACUUGAUCCAGUUCUGUUGUAGAGGUUAGGUUUUCUGUCCGCGUCCGUUCGUCCAUCCUCCGGGGUCCACUCUGAGUAUGUAGGUUCGAUCGAUGCUUUUAUUUAUUUAUUUUGUCGCUUUGUUGAAGAAGGAAGAAGAACAUGUUAUAAAAGAUGUGAAUUUGUUAAUGAGAACGUGACGAUUCCCGGAGAAUAAUCUUUUGUAUACACGGAAUCGAGCGUUUGAUGAAGAAGAGGAACAAAAGAUUACCUUCGUAUAAAACAGAUGUGUUUGAAACAAAUCGAAAAAAAACGACCAUGUAAAUAAAACUUAUUAAAAAUGUGAAAUUUCGAUACAUUACUGUGAGAACAAAUUUAUGCUCCGUUUCAAUAAAAUUGAAGGAAGUGCUAGUUAAUAAAUAA